GUCUCCGAUCUCCCCUUCCGCCACUCAAACACGGCGAGCGCCCGCCCGCCCGCCCAGCAACCCUAGCGGCUUCGAAGCCGCGGAUCCGGCGGCUUCAGCCCGUCCAAGGACAAUUCGCCCGCCCGCCGCCGCGCCGCCGUCCCCAAUUUUCCACCAGUGGCCACAGCCCGCUGGUAGGUGAGUCGAUACUCGAUAGGUAGAUAGAUAGAUACACGGGUGCAUCGGGCAGAUCCAGAUCCAGAGCGGGCGUGUGCGCGCAUGGCGGGGGCUGUGUCGGCGCUGUUCCUGCUCGACAUCAAGGGCCGCGUCCUCGUCUGGCGCGACUACCGCGGCGACGUCUCCGCGCUCCAGGCCGAGCGCUUCUUCACCAAGCUCCUAGACAAGGAGGGCGACGCGGAGGUCCACUCGCCCGUCGUGCACGAUGACGCCGGCGUCUCCUACAUGUUCAUCCAGCACAACAACGUCUUCCUCCUCACUGCUUCACGCCAGAACUGCAAUGCCGCCAGCAUCCUCCUCUUCCUCCACCGCCUCAUCGAUGUGUUCAAGCAUUACUUUGAGGAAUUGGAGGAGGAAUCACUGAGGGACAACUUCGUCGUCGUGUAUGAGUUACUUGAUGAGAUGAUGGACUUCGGGUACCCACAGUACACGGAGGCUACGAUCCUGAGUGAGUUCAUUAAGACAGAUGCAUACAGGAUGGAGGUAACACAGAGGCCACCCAUGGCAGUCACAAAUGCUGUCUCAUGGCGGAGUGAGGGGAUUCGGUACAAGAAGAACGAAGUGUUCUUGGAUGUGGUUGAGAGUGUCAACAUUCUUGUUAACAGUAAUGGACAGAUUGUUAGAUCGGAUAUCAUUGGCGCGCUGAAGAUGCGGACAUAUCUGAGUGGAAUGCCUGAGUGUAAACUUGGGUUGAACGAUAGAGUUCUUUUGGAGGCUCAAGGCCGAACAACUAAAGGAAAAGCAAUAGAUUUGGAUGAUAUCAAAUUUCAUCAGUGUGUACGGUUGACCAGAUUCGAGAAUGAUAGAACCAUAUCAUUUGUCCCUCCAGAUGGAGCUUUUGAUCUAAUGACAUACAGACUUAGCACACAGGUGAAGCCUCUGAUCUGGGUUGAAGCGCAAGUUGAGAAGCAUUCAAGAAGCCGUGUAGAAAUCACGGUGAAGGCAAGAAGCCAGUUCAAGGAAAGAAGCACCGCAACAAAUGUAGAAAUUGAAGUACCUGUGCCUUGUGAUUCCACAAACCCAAAUAUAAGAACUUCAAUGGGUUCUGCGGCAUAUGCACCUGAGAGAGACGCAUUGGUCUGGAAAAUUAAAUCAUUUCCUGGUGGCAAGGAGUAUAUGUGUAGAGCCGAAUUUAGUCUUCCGAGCAUAACCUCCGAAGAAGCUACACCUGAAAAGAAGGCUCCGAUUCGAGUGAAAUUUGAGAUACCAUAUUUCACUGUUUCGGGUAUUCAGGUACUCAUUGUUGAUGUGUUACCAGUUAGCUUGCUCGGAAUUUUCCCUGGCAUCCUGCUCAAAUACUAUGUUAUAUUUGUGCAGGUUCGCUAUUUGAAAGUCAUCGAGAAGAGUGGAUAUCAGGCCCUUCCUUGGGUUAGAUACAUCACAAUGGCCGGUGAAUACGAGCUGCGGCUUAUUUGAUCUUUUCUGCACUGGCUGCUGGAAGAAAUCAAACAGUUUGCUAGAGUCCGAGGAGCAUAUGUUGUGCUGCACCUGAUUUGUGGCAGCAGGACAGAUGGUACUUGCCGGCAGGUUGGGGUUCUUCUCCCGAAAGCUCCACCUUCCCACCAUGCAGAGUUCUAUUAGUGUUUUUUACCCAUGUUUGCUGUAAGUUCUUCAUCAGUACAGUGGCCUAACUGAAUUCUGGUUUUCCAAUUCUUUCCCCGCUGAUAUCACAUGUAUCAUAUUGAUUUAUUUACUCUGUUGUCACAAGCUUGUACUCUGUUUCUCUGUUAUUUUCUUCCCGACAAAUUUUGAUUGGAAGUGUAUUAACGUUUCUCAUCUUACACGAGUAAAACUAAUUGGA